AUUUGGCGCAUGCGCAGUCCUCGCUCUACAUGUUUGAAGCAGAAUGGCGGUGCUGCUGGAAACAACAUUAGGAGACAUUGUGGUGGAUUUAUACACAGAGGAAAGACCUAAAGCUUCCUUAAACUUCUUAAAGCUCUGUAAAAUCAAGUUCUACAACUACUGUCUCAUUCAUAAUGUCCAGAGAGACUUUAUCAUUCAGACUGGUGACCCUACAGGCACUGGACGAGGAGGAGAGUCAGUGUUCUGUAAGCUGUAUGGGGAUCAGGCACGCUUCUUUGAUGCAGAAAAAGUGCCCCGAAUUAAGCACAGGAAGAAGGGAACAGUUUCGAUGGUGAACAACGGCAGCGACCAACAUGGCUCUCAGUUUCUAAUCACAACCGGGGAGAAUCUAGACUACUUGGAUGGUGUUCACACUGUGUUUGGGGAGGUAUCAGAGGGCAUGGAUGUUUUGGCCAAAAUUAAUGAAGCUUUUGUGGACAAGGAUUUCAUACCUUUUCAGGACAUCAGAAUAAAUCACACAGUCAUUCUGGAUGAUCCGUUUGAUGACCCCCCAGGUCUGCCUGUCCCAGACCGAUCUCCUGAGCCCACUAAAGAACAGCUCGAUAGUGGGCGUAUUGGAGCAGAUGAAGCGAUAGUUGACGGAGAAGGAAAAGAUCAAGAGGAGCUUGAUGAGUUAAUAAAAGAUAAGGAAGCAAAGACACAAGCUAUUCUGCUGGAAAUGGUAGGUGACCUGCCUGAUGCAGAUGUCAGACCUCCAGAAAAUGUGCUGUUUGUUUGUAAGCUGAACCCAGUCACCACUGAUGAGGACCUGGAGAUCAUCUUCUCUCGCUUUGGCACAAUAGAGUGUUGUGAGAUCAUCAGAGACUGGAAGACGGGCGAGUCUCUGUGCUACGCUUUUAUUGAAUUUGAGAAGGUGGAGGACUGUGAGAAAGCAUACUUUAAGAUGGACAAUGUGCUGAUUGAUGACCGACGCAUCCAUGUGGACUUCAGCCAGUCUGUUUCCAAAAUCAAAUGGAAAGGAAAAGGAGGAAAGUACACUAAAGAUGACUUCAAAGCCUAUGAAAAAGACCUGGACAACAGAUCCAAACUGGCUCUAAAAGACAAAGUCAAACCCAAACAAGACUCCCGUUAUGAGCUUCUUCUAGAUGAGGAAGACGAGGAGCAAGUGGAAAGGAGAGAUGAUAGAAAGCAGCGAGAGAAGAGGAAACAGUCAGAUGAUGAUGACUACCGGAAAGGAAAGAAAUCAAAGGAUGAAGAUGAAGGGCGAAGAGACCGGAAAGAAAGCAGGCAAAGAUCACGCUCCAGAGAAAGAGAACAAGAGAAAGAGAGGCAUAGAGACAGGGACAGAGAGCGAGACAGAGACAGAGAGAGGGAAAGGGACAGGGACAGUCACCACAAACAUGGUAAGCACAAGGAAAAGAGUCACAAACGAGAUCGCAGUCGCAGCCCAAAGAAGUCGAAGGACAAAGAACGCAGCAGACAUCGCUGAGUUUGAGUUGGUGACUUAACACUGACGUGACCCAGAGACUUUACACUGAUUCUCAUAUAAAGUGAAGCUGUGCUUAAACAUCACCUUAUUUUUGUACAUUGUGUGAACAUUUCAAAGAAAAAUGGAAUAGUACAAAUGGUACCACAUGAUAAGGAAUAAAAUCUUAAAUUUAUGUACAUUGAA